AGCUGGGCGUGAGUGAAGCUCGAGCGCUGGACCGAGCGGGACCAGUAUAAGGUGUCGGACUGGAAACUCACCGCCGACUGGUUGCGUUUGACGCCUUGCUGUUGUGAAAACGGUUGCGGACGCAAAUACGGGCAGGUUGGGGCUGAGGGACCGCUGAGUUCUGGUCCGGGCGUCCAGACGACGGUCAGGACAGGCGUUUAUACGCGAGGACCUGUUAACGGUUUUACGGUGACGGUUACGGUGGACGUUAGGGACGUUAGCUAGUUACACCGAUAAUCUGACCGAUAAAACCGACAAGAUUGGACUGCUGGCUGGGGUAGCCAACCGGACACCAGCUCUCUUCCCAGUCAGUGAUUUAAAACAGCGUGCCAGAACUUAGAUAAUCAAUGAGUUUCGAAAUAUUGAACUGCCAAUUUAUUGUUUAUCUCGUUGCCUUUUUUUGUAAAGUUUUUUUUUGUAAAGUUUUACGUUACAAACUGGACGGUUGGUCAGAAGGAGGGAGCGUUAGUUGGACAGUAACCUAACGCAGAGCCUUGAACUUGUUUGUCCACAGCAUCCCAGCUGCUCUGUAACCAUGGGUAACCGGGGGAUGGAGGAGCUCAUCCCUUUGGUCAACCGCCUGCAGGAUGCCUUCAGCGCCGUCGGGCAGAACUGCAACCUGGACCUCCCGCAGAUCGCAGUCGUCGGCGGUCAAAGCGCAGGGAAGAGUUCGGUUCUGGAGAACUUUGUUGGCAGGGAUUUCUUACCUAGAGGUUCAGGGAUCGUGACACGAAGGCCACUGGUGUUGCAGCUCAUUAGCGCCACCUCAGAAUACGGGGAGUUCCUGCACCGUAAAGGGAAGAAGUUCACCGACUUUGAUGAGGUUCGGCGUGAGAUCGAAACAGAGACAGACAGAGUGACGGGAGGCAAUAAAAGCAUCUCCUCUGUUCCCAUCAACCUGCGCGUUUAUUCUCCCAACGUGCUGAAUCUGACUCUGAUAGACCUCCCGGGCAUCACCAAGGUGCCAGUGGGGGACCAGCCACCAGACAUCGAGUACCAGAUCAGAGACAUGAUAAUGCAGUUCAUCUGCCAGGAGAACUGCCUCAUCCUGGCUGUCACCCCAGCCAACAUGGACCUGGCCAACUCGGACGCCCUCAAGCUGGCCAAAGACGUGGACCCACAGGGUCAGCGGACCAUCGGUGUCAUCACCAAGCUGGACCUGAUGGACGACGGCACGGAUGCCAGGGACGUGCUGGAGAACAGGUUACUGCCCUUGCGCCGAGGCUACAUUGGAGUGGUGAACCGCAGCCAGAGGGACAUAGAGGGGAAGAAGGACAUCGGGUCCGCCAUCGCGGCGGAGCACCUGUUCUUCCUCUCCCACCCAGCAUACCGGCACAUGGCUGACUACAUGGGCACGCCUUACCUGCAGAGGGUCCUCAACCAGCAACUGACCAAUCACAUCCGGGACACAUUACCAGCAUUCCGUAGUCGUCUGCAAGCCGAGCUCCUCACCCUGGACAAAGAGGCAGAGGAAUACAGACACAUGAACCCCAAUGACCCCUCACGCAAGACCAAAGCACUGAUGCAACUGAUCCAGCACUUUGGUCUGGACUUUGAGAAGAGCAUUGAAGGCUCUGGUGACCACGUGGACACGGUCGAGCUCUCGGGAGGAGCCAAAAUCAACCGCAUCUUCCACGAGCGCUUCCCCUUCGAGCUGGUCAAGAUGGAGUUUGAUGAGAAAGAGCUGCGUCGUGAGAUCAGCUUCGCUAUCAAGAACAUCCACGGUAUCAGGACAGGCCUGUUCACACCGGACCUGGCAUUCGAGGCCAUUGUGAAGAAGCAGAUAGUGAAGCUGAAAGGGCCGUGUGUGAAGUGUGUGGACAUGGUUGUCCAGGAGCUCAUUACCACAGUGAAGCAGCGCACUAGUAAGUUAGGGAUCUUUCCUAAGUUACGGGAGGAGACGGAGCGGAUCGUAACCACAUACAUUCGGGAGCGAGAGAGCAAAGCCAAAGAGCAGGUCUUGCUCUCCAUCGAGAUCCAGCUUUCCUACAUCAACACCAACCACGAGGACUUCAUCGGAUUUGCAAACGCCCAGCAGAGAAAUAACCCCACCAGCACAAAGGCCUCGGCAGGGAACCAGGUGAUCCGAAAGGGCUGGCUCACCAUCAGCAACAUCAGUCUGAUGAAGGGGGGGUCCAAGGACUACUGGUUCAUGCUGACAGCAGAGAGCUUGUCCUGGUUUAAAGACGAUGAGGAGAAGGAGAGGAAGUACAUGCUGCCUCUGGAUAAUCUGAAGGUGCGGGAUGUGGAGAAGACUUUCAUGUCCAGCAAGCACGGCUUUUCUGUGUUUAACACUGAGCAGAGGAACGUGUACAAGGACUACAGGCAUCUGGAGCUGGCGUGCGACACGCAGGAGGAGGUGGACAGCUGGAAGGCUUCUCUGCUGCGUGCUGGAGUCCACCCCGAGAAAACCCCUAUGGAGGGUGAGGGUCUGGGCCAAGCCGAGAACUUCUCCAUGGACCCGCAGCUGGAGCGGCAGGUGGAGACCAUCCGCAACCUGGUGGACUCCUACAUGAGCAUUGUCUACAAGAGCGUGCGAGACCUGAUGCCCAAGACCAUCAUGCACCUGAUGAUCAACAACGUGAAGGAGUUUAUCCACUCGGAGCUGCUAGCUCAGCUGUACUCCAGCGGCGAUCAGCCGGUCCUGAUGGACGAGUCCCCGGAGCAGGCCCAGCGACGGGAGGAGGUGCUGCGGACCCACUCGGCCCUGAAGGAGGCGCUGGCCAUCAUCGCCGACAUCGCCACCUCCACCACCUCCACGCCGCUGCCACCGCCCGUGGACAGCUCCUGGCUGCAAGUAGCCGCCAGCCACAGAUCUCCUCCAGGUGCCACUGCUCCUAAGAGAGCUCCUUCUGCCCCGUUGGCCCCCGCUCGUGGCCCUGCUCCCUUGGCGCCUUCCCUGCCGGUCCGCUCUGGUUGUUCCACACCCAUCCUCCCCAACCACACAGACUCCACGCAGGCGUCGGCACGCCCUGACCGAGCCCCUCCCAGUGUGCCCAGGAGACAGCCACCAGCAGUGCCUUCACGGCAACUACAUUAACACCCACCAGGUGACACAAAGCCGGCGUCCAGCUGAAGCCCAAACAGGACACGGAUGAGAAGGACUAACUGUUUCCCCAAGCAAACUUGGACUCUUGCAUUCGCUCACCUUGCUUUUGGUGAUGGGCGGGCCAGAUGAAGUGAUUCUGAUGAUGGAUGGGCACUUACCUGAGUCAAUAACGUGACCUGCGGUUGAAAUGAAGUUGGGACUAAAGUGAAUUGCUCUCUGGCCUGGAGAUAUGGUGACUGGUGGGCAACAUUAGGCAGUAUUUUGUACCACACUUGACAGCCAGACUUGCUCCUGUUCUGUACAUGUGUCUUGCAUUGUGAUAUAUGCUUUGGCUGCGUUUUAUUCUGUGUGUAUGUGUUUGGGAGUGUGAAAGUCUGAAACUAUAAAUAAACAAGGUUUUUGGAGUUUGUAAAUAAUGAUGGAGGUCAUACAGAGAAACUACAAAUUAACACAUUUUCAUAUUUCCUCUUUUUUUAUUUAGCCUCGUCUUAGUUCAUAAUAUGAAAUUUUGCUGGGCGUUAGUUUUAGAAAAACAAUUGAAACUCGCUGCUUUGUAAUAUGUUUCGGAAAUGUUAUAUUUAGCUCAAAUUAAACCCUUUUUUGACGAUAAGUUUUCCAUCCAUGCAAGUACUUCAUAAAAUACUCUUUCAUCCACGCUAAUACUUCAUAAAAUAUUCCUUCAUAAAAGCAUACACGACAGGCAAACACCCUCCUCUGUAGGUGAUGGAGUCACGAGCCAUACAUUUGUAUCGGUAUGUAUAUUCACAAUGUUUCUGUACUUGAGAUCGUGUAACUCUGCGAAUGUCCAAAUCUCGUUUACAAAUGGAUAUCGUUUUCAGUCGUAUAUUACAGGGAGCCACUAACGUUUGAUGAGCCUGCCUACUGUGACAUUUAUAUCGUUAACGUUACUGUCAGUCGUUUACUGACAUUUAUAACGUUAAUGUUACUGUCAGUCGUUUACUGACAUUUACAACGUUAAUGUUACUGUCAGUCGUUUACUGACAUUUCUAACUUUAAUGUUACUGUCGGUCGUUUACUGACAUAACGUUAAUGUCACUGUCAGUCGUUUACUGUGACAUUUAUAACGUUAAUGUUACAGUCGUUUACUGUGACAUUUACAACGUUGUUACAGUCGUUUACUGUGACAUUUAGGUUAAUGUUAGUCGUUUAUUGUGACAUUUAUAACGUUAGUGUUACUGUCAUUUGUUUGACAUUUAUAACGUUAAUGUUACUGUCAGUCAUUUACUGUGACAUUUAUAACAUUAAUCUUAGUCAUUAGUUUACUGACAUUUAAACGUUAAUGUUACUGUCAGUCGUUUACUGUGACAUUUAUAACGUGCCUUAACACUGUCCCGCCUGCCUCACUGGUAGAACUGGAGAGCGCUGCCACACACCCGGCACACAGGCGGCUGCCAGGCUGUGAGCGCCAUCUUGUGGACAAUGCGACAAUAUUCGGAGUCAAUUUGUCUUUGAACGAUUGCUAUUAUAAACCUAACCGUGCUGUUAACAUUUUAGGUCCAUUACUAGAAGGUCGACAAUAUACGUUCUGAUAGUGUUCGUAUUAACGCAAGCCU